AUGACGUUUCAACCAGUCAAUCCCAAGCCGUUCCUUCAAGAACUCACAGGAAAACCCGUCGUAGUACGAUUAAAGUGGGGUAUGGAGUACAAAGGCUACCUAGUAUCGGUAGACUCUUAUAUGAACUUGCAACUCGCGAAUACGGAAGAGUUUGUCGACGGUCAAUCGACAGGCGCAUUAGGUGAAGUUCUUAUAAGAUGCAAUAACGUGCUGUACAUUCGCGGAAUUGAAGAAGACUCUGGUUCUUAA